AUGGAGGAAGAGGCGGAACAGGCGAGAGACUAUGGCAACAAGCUGGCCCAAGAGAUGGCCCGGCUGGGGCGGAUCACCCGGACGCUUGCCCCGGACGAGAGCGCCUCCCUCGAGAAGCUCCGCCGCCUCGUGGCCACUCUGACGGAGAUCGAGCGGCAGGAACAGGCCGCCCUGGAGCAAGGCAAGGCCCGUGAGGCGGCCCUCCGUGCGGAGAUCGCCGAGUUUACUGGCGAGACUACUGAGGACGUUGGCGGCGGUGGUGACGGACUCGGGGAAAAGCCUGCGGCUGUUGUCUCACCGCCGCCAGAUGCGGCACCGGCAACGGCGGGGGCCCCGGCGGGCGAAGGAGGGGGAGGGGCAGGAAAAGGGCAAGAGGGAGGAGGGUUCGUGCUCGAGAAGACGGUGGACGACCCGCUGGCUGCCAUGGCGGAGCCACAGGAACAAGAAGAGGAGGACAAGAGCGGGGCGGGAAAGAUCGUGGGAGCAGUACCAGCCGCUGGGGGGGGUGCUGUCUCUGUCCCGCGAACGGCGGUGGUGCUGGGAGGCGGAGAGAACGGCGGCGGCGGCGGCCCGGCGGAGAGGAAGGCGAAUCACAGGAAGAAGCCUGCGCUGGAGGGGAAGGCGCUGUUCGCGGAGGGAUUGCACCGGAUCGAGGCCGCCUACGAAGUGGCGGCCGCCGAGCGAGAGGAGUCGGCCGCGCGGCUGUCGCGGUUGAGGCUGGCCGUGGCACGGCGGCAGAGGGAGGAGGACGUCGCCCUGGGCCACGCCGAGCUGCUGCAGUACCUCCUGAGGUUCGAGGAGCUCGGGCAGCACUCUCUGGAGAGACAGGAGCAGCUGAGGAGGUGCCGGGCGGAGCGGUCGACGCUGUCGCUGACGCGGGAGCUGCUGGCGACACAGGCGAGGCUGCUCGAGACGAUCGCAGGCGGUGUGGAGGAGGCCUCCAAGGGCGGGAAGGGGGUCAGGGAGGCGUACCUGCGGCAGAUCAAGGGGAUUGUUGAGAGCGUGGAAGACUCUCUGGAAGAUCAAACGCGACUUUUGGACAACGUUCGUCGACGACGUCACGUCGCGGAGGAACUUCAGGCGUCGGUCAGGGAAGACAGAAAGCGCUUCUUCGCGGGCACGAAGGAGCUGUCCGACGAGUGCUACCGUUACGAGUCGUUGAACGCACACCUGGCCCUUAUGCGGCGGUAACUCUUUUGGGCUUUCGGCAUUUACGUACGUACGGGUUGACGGUGUUGCUUGUUUUUGGGGUUGAUGUAAUUUUUUUGUUCUGGGGAGUCACGAGGAGAGUCCAAGCUCGAGAUUUAAGUCGCCGCACACACGCACUGCUGACGAGGGGAAAGGAAGUGAAGUUUGUGUUGCCAGCUGCUACAUGCAUGCGUAGCAUUCAAGCGUUGUGGGGUUAGCUGAAUUUAUUAUUCUCUUCG